ACUCCAGAGCCUGAUGACAUCUCGUCACACUGCUCCAGGCUCCUCCCACCCUCAGCCCCAGGAGAGAGGGACAGACAUGGGGAGCAGAUGGAGUUUUGCCAUGUUGGCCAGACUGGUCUCGAACUCCUGACCUCAGGUGAUCCACCCGCCUUGCUCUCCCAAAAUGCUGGGAUUACAGAGAUGAGCCACCACGCCUGUCUCCUGUGUCCUCUUUCUCAGCUUCUGUGUGAAUGUUCUGGGGCCUGGGCCUGGCUAUGGGGUGACACUAAGUUCAACAGAGCCACUGCCCAUUCCAGCCCCACCCUACCCCAGGAAACGCCUCCUCACCGCAGUGACCACAUCCCCUUGGGUUGCUUUGGAAACAAACACUCCCCGGGGGCAGGCAAGUUGGGGCACAGUUGCCCAGCAACAAGCGGUACCCUCCCUUCCGCCCUCAUCGGAGGCCCAGCCUCUACGUCUGAAAGGCGACUACCCUGCGCCCUCCAAACCUGCACCUUCCAGUCUGGCACCAGGAAGAGUGGUUCCAGGAGGGAGAGUAGGCUGGGGACUGAUCCAAGAUGCUGUUGACUCCAGAGUCACCCUCUGGGCAUGUGGAGGGGACUCCCAUGUGGGAGGCAGCCCCGUGGCCCUCGCUGCCCUGCGGGCCCUGCAUCCCUAUCAUGCUGGCCCUGGCCGCCCUGGCUGCGCUCUUCAUCCUCACCACUGCUGUGUUGGCUGAACGCCUGUUCCGCCGCGCUCUCCACCCAGACCCCGGCCACCGUGCACCCACCCUGGUGUGGCGCCCAGGAGGAGAGCUGUGGAUCGAGCCCAUGGGCACCCCCCGAGAGCGCUCUGAGGACUGGUACGGCUCUGCAGUCCCCCUGCUGACGGACCAGGCCCCUGAGCCUCCCACCCAGAUGGGCGCCCUGGAGGCCCGAGCGACCGCCCCACCUGCCCCCUCAGCCCCGCACUCUGCUCCCAGCUCCUUGGGCCCCCAGACCCCACCAGAGGUCCCAGCCCGGAGCACCUUCUGGGGGCCCCAGCCCUGGGAGGGGAGGCCCCCUGUCACAGGCCUGGUGAGCUGGGCUGAACCCGAGCAGAGGCCAGAUGCCAGUGCCCAGUUUGGGAGCCCCCAGGCCAGGAGACAGCGGCCAGGGAGCCCAGAUCCUGAGUGGGGCCUCCAGCCACGGGUCACCUUGGAGCAGAUCUCAGCCUUUUGGAAGCGUGAAGGCCGGACCAGUGUGGGGUUCUGAAUCCCCAGGGUCCCCCAGAGACCCUCAAGGAAGACACUGCCUCAGUGGGACCAGGGACCCCAGGAUCUAGCAUUAGGGUUGAGCCUGAGGCUACUGCAGGGAAGAUGCGCCUCCCAGGCCCCUUCCAUCUGGAUUCCCUGUCCCCGGGUCCAGGUGGUGGCCAGGCUGUGGGACCAGGGGAAGCCCAGCAGUGCCUCUGCUCAGCUGCCUGGGCUGUGGCUUAGAGACCUGGGCUGUGGCUGGAGACCAACUCCGGGCUAGAAGCCUUCAAGAUCGCAUCCGGAUGAAGCAGCGAAGGUACCAGCCAGGAAGGAAAUGGCAUCUACCAGCCACCUCCACCUCCCUCAGUGUUUACCGAAGCCCCAAUACCAGAGCGAAAGGGUCCUGCGGUGCUGAAUAGCCUUGGCAUGGCGAUGUCAGCUGUCAGUUGUGCUGGCAGGAGAUGGCAGGAAUCCAGCUUCCCAGAGCCACAGAUCCUGUUCUCCUUGGUCACUCACCCCCUGUGAGGUCCUCCAGGAAAAUACACAAAGAGAGGACCAGACAAGGCAGAGGAGCAUUUUAUUACAAAUGAACUGUGACUUUGACCCCCAAACUGCAAGGGGGAACUUGCUGAGCCAAGCUGGAGCAGCGCUGUCUUGCUGGAGUGGGGACCUGGAGUCAGAAAACCCACAGGCUCCUCUGCCCGUCCUCCUCCAUCUGCACACACCUCAGCUUUGGACUCUCACCACUCCAUGACUAGCAAGACCCCGGCCAGGGAGAACUGAGUUUCAUCCAAUGUGGAGAGGAACGUUGUCCCAGAGCAGGGCAGCUCCCAAACUGUGCCCUCUGGUCAUGGUCCCUCCCAGCUUGCUGGAGUAUCCAGAGAAACAGAUUUGCCACAGCUAGUCUUACUUAUAAUGUCCACCCCAUAGAAAUGGGGCCACGAGUACCCCGAUAUCCCCUUUAGGAGAAACGAGCAGGUGAGCAGCAGAUGGAAUUUCCAUUUUCCUGGGAGUCUAAUUUCCCAAACAUCAUCCUUUUUCUUUU